UCUGUUGGCCAUAUUUCUGGUGCACAUUUUAAUCCUGCAGUUACUAUUGCCUUUGCACUCUUUAGGAAUUUCCCCCUCAAACAGGUUUAAUUCAUUCAACUUUGCCUUCCCUUUUAAAAUUCAUCACACGCUACAAUUUUGUAGCAUGUUAAAUGGAUACUAAUGAUUCAUAUAAUGAGACCUAAAUUAAUCAGCUAACACAAAUCUGAUUUGUUGUGUCUAUUGAAGGUGCCAUUUUAUAUAAUGGCACAAUUGGUUGGGGCAAUUCUUGGAAGUGGGACUUUGUAUCUGUUGCUGGAUUUGAAACCACAGGCAUUUUUUGGAACAGCACCAGUGGGAUCAAAUGUUCAAUCUUUGAUUCUUGAAUUCAUCAUUUCUUACCUAUUGAUGUUUGUCAUUUCUGGUGUUGCCACUGACAAUAGAUCAAUUGGAGAGCUAGCAGGAAUUGCUAUUGGAAUGACAAUACUCCUAAAUGUUCUGGUUGCAGGGCCAGUAUCAGGAGCAUCAAUGAACCCAGCAAGGAGUAUUGGGCCAGCAAUUGUAAUGCAUCAGUACAAAGGGCUUUGGGUUUACAUAGUUGGGCCUAUAUUGGGUACCAUAGCUGGUGCUUUCACUUAUAACCUAAUUAGGUUUACAGAAAAACCACUCAGAGAACUCACAAAAAGUUCAACAUUUCUCAAAAGCAUCUCCAGAAGCCAUGCUUAAUUUCCAUUUUUCUUAAUUAAUUCUUUUUUUUUCUCUGAGCCCUGUGGUUUAAAUAAAUAAACCCACUAGUGGCUUAUUAAGAGAAAUAAAAUUUAUUAGAAAAAAUAAAUAAAUAGAAUUACAGUAAAGUGAAGUAGUGACAAUUUUAAAGUCUUGGUGACAUCCAUCGCUGCCAUGAUGACGCGAUUGAAUGAAUCUGUCAAGUCAAGGAAAACCUUAUAUUUAUGUAGUUGAUUUUUCUUUUAGUUUUUUUUU